CUAGACACCAGCCCUCUCUCAGAGCCAGAGAGAGAACCCAGGAAUCCUGCCCCUCUGUGGGAUGCUACCUUGACCCUCGGGCGUCUCUCCUGGCAGCUGGCAGCUCGGGCGAAUUCUCCUUUCAGGCACCAGCAGGUUCCUCCGGGCGCCUCUCUCAGCUCUGCGGGGAACCUCGUCCUGCACUUCCUGCUCCGGCCCGUAGUGGGCGCUGGAGACAUGGCUGUGUUCAUGAGACUUCUUGGGCAGGGAGGGAGAAAUGAGAGAGGGGUGGAGGGAGGGUCGUUGACCCACAAUUCCCUCCUUUCGCCCCUCCCAGCUGGGGCAGGAUAACAACCUACUACUGCUGCCAGUACCCAUGGCCAACUCCAGCCUCAGCAUGUUCAAGGAAUAUUUCCAGUACAAGGGGAUCAGCUUCCCAGAGCUCAUCUACUCGGCACAGGGGCUGCGGGAGGCGGAGAACGGAUUCCGCGUCCGGGAUGACGACAUCUUUAACGUCACCUACCAGAAAUCAGGGACUGUCUGGAUGCUGGAGAUCCUGAGCCUCAUCCGCAGCAACGGGGACCCCAGCUGGUGCCGCACCGUCCCUAACUGGGAGAGAGGGCCCUGGUACGAGACUAUCCUGGGCCUCCGGAUGGCCCAGGGCAACCGGUCGCCCCGGAUCAUCAGCUCCCACCUGCCCAUCCAACUCUUCGCCAAGUCCUUCUUCCGCUCCAAGGCCAAGGUGGUGUACACGGUGCGGAACCCGAAGGACGUCCUUGUCUCUCUCUACCACUUCGCCCAGAUCUUCCGCCCCUACAAAGCUCCCAGCAUGUACCCCAGGGGCCCAGAGCCCCAAGUGGUGUACACGGUGCGGAACCCGAAGGACGUCCUUGUCUCUCUCUACCACUUCGCCCAGAUCUUCCGCCCCUACAAAGAGCCAGGGCGCAUGGACCAGUUCCUGGAGCGGUUCCUGGAGGGGGAUGACCCCUGGUACCCCUAG